AUGGACCCACCAGAAACAACAACUCAGCAGGAAACCGGAAAAGGCGGAGGGUCGACCGGCUCUAGUUUUCAGAGCGCUCUCACGGCAUUGAAGUCCACGCAUCAACCUUCCCUCUCCUCGAAUCGGAAUGCUGGCGGUGGCCUUCCUCCUGUUCCAAAGGCUUGGGCCAACGACUUUCGCACGGAAGGAGAAAACUCAGUGGCUUCCUCAAAGCCUGUGAACAGACCUGCGUCUAGCAAGAAUGCAAUCGUUCACAGCGUCCUGCAGUAUCACCGACUGCAUCCUGAGUAUAUCCACUCGAGAAUUGAGAAGAUGCGCAAUGCGUACAAUGUCCGCAUCCUCUUGAUCUUGUGCGAUAUCCAAUAUGAGCAUAAGUCGGCGGACCCCAUUAAGGAACGAGUGCAUCAGACAUACCACAACCAGCUCGACCAUGUUUUGACUUCGGGAAGGAAGGUAAACAAGUCCAAUGUCGAGGCGUUGGCGGCCCAGUUCGGGAGCUUUUCCGCUAUCGCGACACAGUCAAACCACGCUCUUGGCACUGUCAAGGGACUCGGCCCGAAGAAGGUAGUCUCUCUCUUAGAUGCUUUCAACAAGCCCUUUGUGGCUAGCGGCAAACCCCAUGCUUUAGACGUUCCAGCGGCAUCAGCGACAGAGAUCGCUGAGCCCGAGCCUGAGGCAGAGCUCGACAACCUGCCCCCAACUCCACCUACGCCGUCCAGACCACGAGAUGAGGGGCCCAGUCGAUCACCGUCUGUGGGACCAGACGAUGACCGCGAAGCGACUGGUGCCGUCUGGGAUGAUCCACUUAGCGAUGACGACGACGACAAGGAUGAACGCGCUUCGAAACGUCAACGCAUGUAA